AUGACUGAAGAAAGAUGCCCUGAUUUAACAACAUUACACAAAAGUGCAAUAACCCCAUUUGAUUUGUUGGAAAUUUUUGGUCGAAAAUACCGUCGAAUUGGAUGUUUUUCUAUUUAUGAUGGGGAAUGGCAUCGUCUUCAAGUUGAAAUUAUUCCAAUGAGAGAAGUGAUUGAAAAUAAUGAUGACAAUUAUGAAGAAUAUUGGAGUAAAACAAUUAAAUUUCAUGAAGAUUGUAUUCUUUUUGGUGAAGGUAAUAUUCUAGAUUCAACACCAUUUAAUACAAUUGAUCAAAUUGGAAUAUUUUUUAAAAAUAAUUUAAAGAAUUCGUUUACAGAUGUAAGAUUUUCUAUAACUAUAGGCAAAUCGAUAAGAACAGAAACUGUACAAAAUAUUAAACGUAUAGGUCAUCAUGCAAGUACAGCAAUAAUUGCUGGUAAUAAUGAAAAUGAAGCUGCAUUAGUGCAAAAUUGGUACAAUACAAAAUCUGAGCAGAAACGUUUUGAAAAAGAACAUCGGCUUUUAUAUAACGCAACAAUCAAAGAUAAGUUAAGAAAAUUUUAUAAUCAUCCAUUAAGACCAGAUCCAUUAACAUCAUCACCAUCAAAUUGUGAUAAAACUAUUGAAGAUGAUUUUAUACCACCACAGCCACAAGAUCCAAAUUAUGGUGACAGUAAGUUAUAUUCUGAUCCAGACGUAUAUCCAAUACCAAGAUUUUCAUCAGAAUAUGGUUUUCAAUCAUUACCACAAAAAUCUGCAUGGGAUAAAAUUAUGUAUAAUCAUGAUAAUUUCAAUGAUUUGUUAGAACAUCGUCAACAUUUGCCAUUUGGUAAUGAAAUAAGAUCAUGUUUAAUAUUCCGACAAUUACCAUUAAUAACAUCAGAUCAACCAGAUUAUGCUGAAAAUAUUAUAUACUUUAGUCAACUUACACAAGCUUUAGCCACAAAAUUAGAAACUGAAAUUCUUCGUAAAAAUCGUAAUAGUAAACAUAAUACAAUGGGUGCAUUAUGUUGGCAAUUAAAUGAUGCUUGGAUGGCACCAUCAUGGUCUAGUAUUGAUUUUAAUGGAAAUUAUAAGAUUCUUCAUUAUUGGGCUAAAGAAUUUAUGAAACCAAUAUCAAUAAUAGCACAUUCAAAUAAAUGUACAAAUGAUGUUGAAAUAACAGUUAUAAGAGAUACCAUCGAAAAGUCACCAUUAACCUUUAAUAUUAUUCGGAAUACUUUCUUAUAUAAUACAUUAUCUCCAGCAAAAAUAUAUGCAGCUAAAACUAUUUCUGUUAAACCAAAUAGUGUAUUGUCAGCUGAUACAUUCCAACUUGAAUCAAAUUUAGAUCCAAAAACAUAUUUUUAUGAGAUUCUUCUUAAAGAUGGUAGAGGUGAUACUAUUGCUAAAACAUAUCAUUUUCCUCAACCUAUUAAAAAAGCAGUCGGAUGA